UUUUUAUUGAAAUAAUUUUUAUUUUUGACUCAAGAUACUACCCACUUCAAGUAAAGUUGCCGUUAGUGUGGCCCUCACAUAUUGCUUAAACGUAGUGGUUACAUACUCUUUGAUAUUGCUGUGAAUCUAUGAAUUAGAACGGAAAUCCGCCUUCGGCGGAUAUCGCGAUCCGCCAUUUUGAUUACUACUUCAGUCACAAGCAUUUUAGCGUUUGCUUUUCAUUUCAAUUCGCAAGUCUGAAACUAAUGGCUGCCGGUAUCGACGCUUUUCGAAUUCAGGCAACUUUUUAAGUUGUGUUUUGUAAUUUAAGUACAAUAAUAAACAGUUAAUAACUUUAAGUUCCAUUUACCGCGUAUUGCUGUAAUUCCAUUCGCGUUUUAAGAAGAUGGAUGGGCCACCUAACCGUGGUUUUCGUGGUGGUGGCCGUGGAGGACCACCGGGUCUAAAUCAAAGAGGCAGAGGCGGAUUUGAUAUGCGUGGACGGGGCGGCCCCGGAAUGCGAGGCAGGGGUGGUCCUCCGCGAGGCCUACCUUUCCGUGGCGGACCGCGCGGUUUCCGAGGCGGUCCAAUGAGAGGUGGUGGCGGCGACAGAGGUGGCCGAUUUCCUCCAGGCCCCCAGGGUCCAGGACCACAUCCUGUUCCCACUAUUGAAUCGCGUGGAGCACCACCACAGCGUGGAGGAUUUAAUAACAGAGGUGGUCCUGGUGUCAUGAGAGGCAGAGGAGGUAGAGGCCGUGGUGAUUUUGGUCAACGAGGUGAUAGGGGUGGUGGUCGAGGCGGUAUGCCAAUGAGAGGUAAAUACGUGUCAAUUGACGAGGUGGACGUGGAGGUCAUGGGAUGCCUCCAGGUGGCCCUCCUGUUGGCCCAGGUGGACCACACCCAGGUCCAGGCCCUGUAGGCCCACGUCCUGCACCUCCACAUGCUGCUGUAUCUGCACCGCCCAUACAGCCUCAACCAGCACAACCCUUUAAGAGAGGUGGCGGACCGCCUCAUGGUGGACCUGGAGGACCAGGUGGUCCACCUAAAAGGCCAAGGUUUGAUGGACCUCGUGGUGGAGGUCGUCCACCUCCUCAAGGUGGAUAUCAGCAAGCUGCUCCACCACAUAAUGCACCACAACCAGCCAAUGGCUAUGGACCAUCGCACACUGGUUAUCAGCCUUAUGAGCCACCAGCAGCUGAUCCUUAUACACAGCCAUCAUAUAACACACCCAGUUCAUAUCAAGGCAACAGUUACUCAACGCCAGCUCCAGCACAAGCAAAUUCUGGAUAUAAUUCUAGUAGCUAUGGCUCAGGUUAUGGAUAUUCAACGGGUGGCCAAGGUGGCUAUGAAAAUGAGGGUGCAUACAGUGGAGGUGGGGCUGGCGGAGCUGGUGAUGCUGGCUAUGGCGGUGCUGAGCCUGCAUAUGGUGGCCAGGCACCUGCUUAUGACUCCUAUUCUCAGCCCUCUUACAACUCCUAUCAACAACCACAACCACAGUAUAACAAUAACUAUGGUAAGUAUUUAUAAUACUAAAUUAGUAUAGGAGUCUAUUCUAAUCAGGGCAUUCCUAUUAAAAGAAAUGCUCAUAUGUGACUAAUGGAAUACUUAAUGAAUUGGGCACUUUUCUAUAUUUAAAGUUAAUAGAUUUGAUUUUUCAAUUAAACAAAAUAAUACAAUACUCGAUUUUACAAUGAUGCAAACAAAUUUUCAUACUUUUCUAGCAAAUUAAAAAAAAGUACACUUUUUUCACAAUUUAGGUCAAAUCCCAAAAAGACCAGAAUAAAUCACACAAACUCGUAAAUUAUUUACAAUAUUGGAAUGGAAAGUUCCCAAUGUUAGGAAAUAAAACAAUUUCAGAGUAAUUGCCUAACAAUUACUCAGAAAUAAUGUUUUAGAGACCUCUUAUCAAAGAUUUAGAGAGCACCAAAACCUAGAUACAAUAUAAUACCUAGAUAUAAUAAGGUAGAAAAUUGACAGUAUACACUAAACACUAGUUUCAAAUUAUUAAAUGUAUUUAUGAAUAAAAUACAUAGUAAUUUCUGAAUGAUUACAUGAAAUAUAUUAAUUCAUACAAUUAGGUAUCAUCUGUUGAAUUUCAAUAAUUCUUAGUUACUUUUUAAAUACAUGAGACUAGCUCAGAUAUCAGUGAUUUAAAAAAAAUGUAAUUAAGUAUAUUUAUAAUGAUUUUGAAAAUAAAUAUUACUUAAAAACAAAUAUAUUAAUUUAAAAUAUUAAAAUAAUAUUUUCAACAACAGUGUGGUUUAUUACCAGACUGUCUGUCAAUAAGGGUGUCUUGGCAAUAAGUGAUGUCAAACCUUUGUAUGUUGUUUUAAUUUAUGCAAAACUUUCUAAUUUGAAGAAUUAUGAACCAUCCUAUGGGUUAUCUACAUUAAAGAAAAGUCUUAUUCAUUAACAAAAGUGAAUUAUACCAUACACUUCGGUUUAUGUAUAUGAUAAAUUAAGUGUAAUCCAAGUGGCAAUUUCUACUAGUUAUAGUAUAGUAGUAUUGGUACUAGUUAUUUCAUAUUACUAUAUUGCUUGAAAUUACUUUCAUAUAUUUAUUUAAUGAGGAACAUACAGAUCUGUCUUCUACCAAUAUGUUAUAAUAAUAAAUUUUAAUAUAAUACUACAAUCUUAUAUUAAGUUUAAUAUUAAACACUGUGGAUGAGUUUUGACAUCUAUUAUAAUUGUUUGCAUUACAGGCAGUUGGUGAUCUGUUUGACUAUACAGAAUAUCAUUUACGUCUUUAUGGUACACAUUCAAAAUAAAGUAUCUGGAUCAAAUUAUUGAAGCUAAUGGAUGUACUACUAAAAACAUUGCAGUUUUAUUCAUACAUUAUGUUUUAGUUAGGUGUGAGUUUGGACAGAAUGAGAUAUCGUUUGUAUAUGACUGAAUGAGACCAUUGAGAAGAUACAAUAAAAAUUGGGUGAAUUUCUUAUAUAAAUUUUAAAGUGAACUAUUUUCAAUUUAAUUAUAAUUUCUAAUAAUUAGGACACUUAUUUUACCAAGCAAUUUUCAUAUUAUUGCAUUAUUAAUUGUAGCAACUUCUACUUUGGCUCAUUUUUUGUAAAAAUGGUAUGUUGAAGUACCAUAAUGUUUUUAGAUUUAAGGACUAUUCACAAAUAAAAAAAUGAACUAAUAUAUAAAUGUGUAUGCUUUAUUUAAAUAUUGACAAGUAUAAACUUGCGAAGCACUAACUAGAUCUUAGAUUAUUUCAGUCACCAUCACAAACUUACAAUGAACAUCACUGUGCAUAAGCACAAUUUUUGCCAACCAUUUUAAGAAAGAGUAAAUUAUUUUUAAGAUGAUAUUAUUUAUACAGGAAUAAAAGUAUUAAAGUCUGGAUAACCAUGCUUGAGGAAAAAGAAAUGAGAAAAUAUACCACUUGCAAAAAUUUUAAGAUUGGUAAAUUCCAAAUAGAUGGAAUGUCUGAAGGUAUAAUGUCAAUUAGAAAGUGAUUAGCAACUGUUUAAUAUUUUGUUAUCUUAAGCAGGUUACUAACUAAAUUAUUAUAAUUUCAGGGUUUAUUAUAAAUAAUAAAUGUUUGUCUUAGGAACAAGACAUACAAUAGUCAACUGUAUCUUUUUUACAAAAUAAUAUGAAUCCCUAAAUUAAGGUUAUGAUAGAUUUUUAUAUUUAUAUAUAAAUUCUAGACUACAGUUGACCUAGUUGACAAAAAUAUUGCAUUGAAAGUAAAACCUACACAAAGUAUAAUUUAAAAAAGUAUAUAACAACAAUGAUUACAAAGAAAAAAUUAGGCGAAGAAAGAUAAGUUGCGAUUCAAUAAGUUCAAUUUAAAUUUAAAGCUAAGUUACAUAAUUGUAACUAAAUAUUUAUAUUUAAGUUUAGUGAUGAAUUUAUUUAAAACUUUAAAUUGAUGUGUUUUUACUUUCGAUUAAUAUCUGAUAAUUAAUAACUGAUAAUUUACUACUAGGUAAAUCUUAUUGAAUAAUAGGUUUGAAUCUACAGCACGAGAGAACCUUAUUUUCUAUUGCCUACCGGUAUUGAAGAUAUGUAUUUAUCAUACGAAAUAUAACAGUACAGGUAAUAUUAUUACUAUUAUUUAUUAAUUUUAAAUUAUAGAAAUAACAGGUUGUCCAUAGCUUGGUAAAUUUGUAAGUAUGUAGAUUUAAUAAUAUGUUAUGAAUGGUUGGAAACAACUUCAUUGUUGUAUUCCUGGGAAUGUUGUUAUCAACUCAUAAAUUUGUAUUAAAUUUAUGGUACAAAUAUACAAAGAAUCGAAAAGGUUUCAUAUAGACAACAAACAUUUUGAAAAGUCACCACAAUGAAGUUUGUUUAUGGUGGAUAGUUAUAGUUGGGAAUUUGGCAAAAGAUAGUUGAAACAGGAUAUUAGGUAGGAGAAUACUAAUUUCAACCUUAAUUUCCAAUAUUAUCCAAAAUAAUUGAUGAUGAGUGUACAAAAUUUGAAAUUCCGUAUUAAAUAAAAUUCAUAAUUAAGUAGAAUCAGUUAUAAUAAUAUAAGAACACAAGUUAGAUAACAAGAGAAAAUGGUUUUAGCAGAUAAAGAGAUUUAGAACUAUGCAUACACUGCCAAGUACAUCCAUGAGAGAAUAAAUGUUCAAUAUUUAUAUUAUUAAAAUAAGGUGCAAUGCGUAACUUUAGAACAGUUUUACAAUAAAAUAAGAAAAAAUACUAUUCAAGUCCUAUUCAAUCCGUCAUUCCGUUAUAUUUCGUAAGAAUUCAUCCAAAAUUUAAAGCUUGUUUGUUCACAAUUUAUAUCUAAUUUCUAUAUUAUAAUAUUUCAUUACAUAAGGCAAGAAAUAUUUUUGAAAUAAAAAUGUUGAUAGUAUGGCAGCAAAAGCUUUAUUAUAAAUUAAAAAUAUAAUGUGUAGGUACCAA